UUCAUAACUGACCACAACAGCAAACUGUAUUAUAUUGUAUGUUGGUGUAUUCCUCAGACCACUCUAUAGUUGAACUCACUCAAGCAAACAUGCUUGAAUUAUUAUGCAGAAUAAUGCUUUUCAUUGCCUACUGGACAUGUUCUGAAGGACAAAUGGAUCUUGAAUAUGGUCUGAUGGAGUCAUGCACUGGAUCACCAGAUGAUGAAAUUGUCUUUACUUUUAAUACUGAACUGGCUGCAUACUUGGUGGUAGUAGAUGGGACACUUGUUCUCACUGUACCAAAUUUUAUUAAAGAUUAUCCUGGAUUCUAUGAAUUACCCCUGCUUGAUGCUAGCCCUGCGACUGUUGGAUUAACAGCUCUGUGCAAAGUGGUGUAUGAAAAGACACUCAACUUAAAUGUAUCUGAACCUCUUGAACCUCCCUGGGUUUUACUUUACCCCCGAAAUGAUGUGAAAUUAAAUCUCAAGAACACUCUGAUCUGUCAUGUGACUGGAUUCUUCCCUCCACCGGUCAGAGUCUUGUGGACCAAGAACAAUGUGAAUGUGACAGAUGGGUCAACUAUCAGCAGAUAUUACCCUGACAAUGAUAGAAAUUUUAAUGUCUUUUCUCAACUGAGCUUCAUUCCUGAGGAAGGAGAUGUUUACAGCUGUUCAGUGGAGCACAAAGCCCUUCAACAACCUCAGACCAGAACAUGGGAUGUGGAGGUAAAGCAGCCCAGCAUUGGUCCAUCAGUGUUCUGUGGAGUUGGUCUUGCUUUUGGGCUGCUGAGUUUCGCUGCUGGAAUAUUUUUCAAUGCCAAAGGCAAAAAAUGGAUGUAAUAUUGACACACUGACACAUGUAUUUAUUAGUUGUGUCAACAUAUAGAUUCCAUUCAACAUUACUAUGUACUGUAUAAUCUGGCUCAGUUGUGCAGACAUUUGUAAUAUUAUUGCAUUGUUCUUGUUACAUUCAGUAGUUUUACAUGUUGGUUUUAAAUACUUAGUGUGGUUUAUUGUUAUAAAAGUACUGCAAACAGGCAGACCUCACAAUGCAAAAGAUUAGUCUGAUUUCAUGUAACAGGAAGAAUAAAUUUACAUUAUAAUACUA